UGUUUGCUCCGGGAACUCAUGGUUUGAGAUGGCCAGCCCCGAAGAUUGUCGAGCAUACAAAGCAGAGACGUUCCGCUUGCAAGAAGAGAGAAACCUGCCGCUGCCAUAUUUUGAUGCUGGCUUCGAUGUGAAACAUGAUCCCUACAUUGUGCUGAACGGCACAGUGGGCAAGGUGCUGGUGGGGAAAGGUGCAGUGACUGGCCAUUUUGAGGAUCCGAUUCAUCCCAUGGAGGAUGAUCGGAACGCCAUCCACUACAUCGAAACGAUUUGGGUGGAAGAUCAGGACGGAAAUCUUCUUUCCAUGAGGCAUUUGUCUCCUGCCGAGCCAAGCCCUGCUACAAUGAUCUUUGAAAUCCCACCAGGCACUACGCAAGUGCGCGCCUUCGAAUUUUGCAAUAGGCACGGUCUUUAUCGUGGUCCUUCGGUUUCGGUGCUCCCUUCGAACAUCCUGCCCGAUGCAAAGACUGGCUGCUCUGUACAACAGUGCACUGAGGGGACAUCAGUGUCAGCUUGUCAGGCCUUUACCUUUGAGCUUUUCCGCAGAGACAACGUUCUGAAGAAUGAUCCCACAGGGGAGCGCACACCUUUUCUGACUUUGAACGGUUCACAGGCAACAAUCGUGAUUGGCAAUGAGACUGGAUUGGUGCUGGAGCCUUCAAACGACUGGGUUUCACACGUUUUUGCACUGGACGAUUUGGGCAACUUGGUGGCUCUCUGUGAGCUGCUGCCAAGUGCUACUCUGGCAAGCUGUAGUUUUGAAUUGCCUGCAGGAAUCAUUUUCCUCCGGCCCUUCGUGUUCAACACUGAGCACGGUCUUUAUGUAGGUGACACCGUGCAAGUGGCUGCGGCUAGUGCCACUUUGACCGGGGAGCGGUCAUGCUCUAAGCGAGAAUGCUCUGCAAGUCAGCCUUCGCUGGGAGAAGUUCCUUUGCGCAGUGCAGCGGUUGAUGCAUUAGCCAAGAGUCAACAAGAGUCUCAAGACCGGAUCUCAUCCCUCAACAUGUGCAACCAACAUUCAGCACUCUACUUCAUUGCUCAGUCUCUUGUGGCGGGAGAGCUUUCUACUCAGAUCAACCGGUUGACAAGUGAAGGCACCACCGACAGCAAUGUUGCUGAGCGGCUCGAAUUGUUCCCAGCCUUGUUUGCUGAGCUGAAUGCUCUCGGUGGCCGCUGGUCUGGCUUGGACGUAGCCAUAGAGCACACCAUUCAAGAUGCGAAUGGCACAAGCCCACAAUUGCGAUUGGAGCUCAUUUUGGAAGCAGAAAUGUUGUUUAGCCAAAGAAUCCUGUCAGCAGGUCGACAGACAUUUGCUGAUGGGAUGUCUGUUCCAAUUGAAAAUUCAGAAGAAGAUUUGCUCAUCAUCGAAGCAGUUUUCGGGAUGGAUUGGGGUUAUUCAAACAAGAAAAGCUUGGGCCCUCACUACACCAUUUUUUAUUCUCCAGAUUUCGUCAAUGAGUUGGUGAACGUGACCUUAUGUGCCAAGACCCAUGGAUGGAUGGGCAUCGGUUGGCUAAGUCCCAGCCAUACGGGACUGUUGAUGAACCACACCGAUAUGUCAGUGGCUUUCAUCCAAGACGGUGUAGCUGUGGUGCAGGACCGCUUUGCAAGAUCUAUUGAAGAACCCUUGAGGGACGAAGUACUUGCCAACCAACGUUCAGAUGAUUUAGGGAGCCCUUUGAAUGGGCGGAACGAUUUGAAGCUGAUCUCUGGUGCUUUGGGCUCUCCAGGUAAAGAGUGGUGCCCAGACCUUGAAUGCAAAACUGGUUUCACGUUGGUGCAAUUCCAGCGGCCCUUCGACACCGCUGAUGCCAGUGAUUUGCGACUUCCAGUGAAUGGCGCCAAGAUAGGCUUGAUUCAUGCCUUCGCCACCAGGGAUCCAGUGAAUGGCAUCAUGAUUCAGCAUACAUCAACUUCGACAGGCUACGUAGACCUUCAAUGGAAUCUGGAGUGCAGUCCUGGCACAUACUUUGAGGUCACCACCAUUGAAUGCAAGCCAUGCGACAAGGGCUUCUUCCGCCCGGCUACAUCGCCUGUAUGGCGAUGCCUCCAGGCGCCCUUCGGGUCUUUUCAAAACGAGACCGGCCAGGCUGUCGUGAAGCGAUGCAAGGAUGGCUUUACGACCGCCUCAGCGGGUGCAACGCAUGAAUUUGCUUGCGUUUGCCCAGGUCCAUCUUUGACUGCCCCGGAUGGGCGAUAUCAUGUGGACAUUUGUGAUGGGAAGGCAAUGGUGGAUGAACUUGGACAAGCUACUUUAUGUGCUCGCUUGGGUGAGUGUUUGGAGUGUCCUGAAGGAAUGGAUUGCAAAGGUUCUCGUGACUUGAAACUAAACUUGGAUGCCAAAACCAAAAGUGCUGCACUGAAUCGUGUCGAAAUCUUUUGCUCAUCCUACGCCUAUGCAGACACAGCUGCCUGCACUUCGCGUGUCUUCUGUGAAUCACAUUUAGAUGAUAUGGAUUGCGAACAUGCACCGCCGGAGCUCAAGGCAGGCUUUUGGUCGCAUUCCAGUCAGCCCCUCUCCGUGUUCAAAUGCAAGAACGAACUGCAGUGCAUUGGUGGAAAGCCAACGGGAUCCAUUUGUGCAUCAGGGCGUGAAGGAAGAAGUUGCGGAUUCUGUAUGCCCAACCACUUCUCUAACAGCCUCGGGCAGUGUACUAAGUGCGGAGAUUACGAUGCGAUCCCUGCUGUCGUUGCUAUGAUCCUUCUACUCUUGGCGAUCGGAGUUUUGGGAUGGCAGAUGGGGCGUAAGAUCAGCAAGAGCUCAAAGCAAGUCAUUUCUGCCACAAUCAUUGGAACACAAGCUGGAGUGAUGAUUCAGACCCUCGGGGUUUUUUCCGACUUGUCCCUGGUGUGGGAGGAGCCAGUAAGAUCAUUGCUGCAGUUGAUGCAGCUGAUCAAUUUCGAUUUUGACAUCAUAAAGAUGAGCUGUUACGUUGGCACCGAUGAUCCGCUUUUAAACAUUGUGGUUUUGCUCCUGGUGAUCCCCACUUUGACGGUCUGUGGGGCACUCCUAGCCGCCUUGCUUGCUCGCUGGAAGGGGCAGCAAUUCAGCUGGCCAAAGUAUUUAAACGUCGUGGGUUUGGUCUUCUUGGUUCUUUAUUUGAGCAUCUGCAUGUCUCUGACGCGGCCCAUCCAUUGCCAGAGCAAUCCCAAUGGUUUGCACACCAUGGUCUCCAGCCCUGCAGUGCUAUGUUGGGCACCCGGGCCACAUGUCGCCAUGGCGGUCCUCUCUCUUGGAGGCCUUUUGCUUUAUGGCGCUGGCUUCCUCGCAUACGUGACCCACAUAACGUGGUGCUAUCCUGCCUUGGUAGACGAUGGCCAUGGGUUAAAGCUGCUGGUCCAGUACCGCUUCCUCUUCGGUCGCUUCAAGGAUCCGGGUUACUAUUGGGGCUUCUACUUCAUCGUGCAGAAGGUCUUGAUCGCGGUCAUCCCCAUCCUCUUUCCGAACUCAGCUGCAAUUCAGAUACUUCUCUUGGCAGGCUUCAUCCUGUUGUACUUGCUGGGGGUAACUUUUGUACAACCGUGGGUCACUGAUAUUGCGAACUUUGCGGAUUGCUUUCUCAAUGCGGGACUCAUCUUCUUCUUACUCAUUGCAUCCUUUCUGGUUGAUGGGAACGAUAAACAGACUAGAACCGUCAUUGGAGUCAUCUUGCUAUUCCUGGUUUUGGCCAUUACCUUGGCCUUCGGCCUGCUGGUUCUUCGUGCCUUCUACCAGAAGCUCUUCCCGAGUAAGAUGUAUGACAUAUUCCUUUGUCAUCACAAAGCUGGCGCUGGAGUGCUUUGCCGGUGGCUCAAGUCCAAGCUUCUUCAACAGAGCAAGGGCCAGGCGAAAGUCUUCUUGGACUCAGAUGAGUUGGAAGGCUUGGCGGACAUUGGAGACAUCGUCAAGAGUCAGUCAGAGGCCUUGGUCAUUGUGGCCAGCAAACAGAUUCUGACGCGGCCCUGGUGUGCUGUGGAGAUUUGCUCGGCAGUGGCCAACAAGGUAGACAUUAUGAUCCUUCAGUGCUCGGAUUUCAAGUUCUAUGAUGGUGAAGGAUUUGAGGCUCUGAGAGAAGGAUGGACCAGCUCUGAUCUUUUAAUUUUCGCCCAGAAUGCCAUUGAUCCGCUCAUCAUCGAAGAAAGCUAUCGAGUUCUGCCAGGUAUGCCUUUGGUGGAGUUCAACGCAUUUGGCACCGAAGCGGAGAUGACUUCAGCAGUGGCUUCACUUUUACCGUUGGCUCGCCCUUCCAGCGGCCGUUCGAGCAGCCGUUCGAGCACCCGUUCCAGCGGCCGAUCAAGCCUGGUGACUCGCAUUACGAGCAAUGCCAGUGGCGACUUGGAAGCGGAGAUCGUGAUUUUGGGCCAAACGGUCAGCUCUGAGGGACGAAUGACUUGUUUGGUGCUGAAGAGCAUGGUCAUGGAGCGCCUUCGUCGCUCCAUCAUGUUCGUGACCACGGUCUGUGAAGCAUCCAAACUGGCAAGGAAUGCAAAGUACAUCCUUGUAGUUCUGACAGGAGGGCUGUUUCAGGACCAAACUUUCUUGAAGAUGCUGGAAGCCCUUGAGCAGGCUAAUCCGCAGUUGGAGAUUGUGAGCGCUCUGGCGGACCAGGCCUUUGAAUUCCCCUCUGCUGGCUUCUUUGUAGAGUUGGAAAACAGCUAUGGCCUCGCCAUGGUCCAAUCCGUUAAGCGUGUGGUGAACAUCUUGGCCUUGCCGUUCACAGCUCAGACCUCCAUGAAAGUCAUGAGCGCCCAGGUGGGCGAACUCACCCGGCGCUUCAAAUUCGCCCAGAUGUCAUCAUCCGACAUUUACUUUGAUCAGGAGGCUCGGCCCCGCACUGCCUCGAACGAUGAGGGAACGCCUUGCCGAGAUGAGAACGGUGCUGCCGCCUUUGGCGGCACUAUCACAGACGAUGCCUUGGGUGCUCAGCCCGAAACAGAUCUGGAGACGCACAGCCAAGACUUGCUCCGAGAAUCCACUCGCAGUUUUGAAUUUUGAAUGGUGGAUUUGCCAAUGCUCCUUAGUUGGUCAAAGCACAUUCAUCUUUGAUGGUUUUGGUCAAUGGAAGACUAGAUAUACAAGUCCAUUUCGAUGAUCGGUUUCUCUGGUUAUUUCCUGGUAUCACCUCAGAAUUUUUAUAAAGAAAUUUGUGCACUGAUCGCUGAGAUCAUUGAAAUUGAGUGCAAAAGAUAGCCACAGCC